AUGGUGGGCCACCUGCAUCUCCAGGGCAUGGAGGACAGCCUGAAGGAGCAGGGCCGGGAGGGCUUGCUGGACAGCCCCGACUCCGGGCUGCCCCCUAGCCCCAGCCCCAGCCCACCCUUCUACUCCCUGGCGCCUGGUAUCCUCGACGCGCGCGCGGGGGGCGCCGGCGCCUCCUCGGAGCCCCCGGGACCCAGCGAGGCAAGAGCGCCCUCCUCCCAACUCCCGAAUCCUCCGGCGCGGGAGAUGAGGCCCCGCAUGCUGCCGGUGUUCUUUGGGGAGAGCAUCAAGGUGAACCCGGAACCCACGCAUGAGAUCCGCUGCAACUCCGAGGUCAAGUACGCCUCAGAGAAGCAUUUCCAGGACAAGGUCUUCUAUGUGCCCGUGCCCACUGUCACAGCCUACAGCGAGACCAUCGUGGCAGCACCCAACUGCACGUGGCGCAACUACCGCAGCCAGCUGACCCUGGAGCCACGCCCGCGCGCCCUGCGUUUCCGCAGCACCACCAUCAUCUUCCCCAAGCAUGCCAGGAGCACUUUCCGGACCACCUUGCACUGCAGCCUGGGCCGGCCCAGCUGCUGGUUCACCGCCAGCGUGCAGCUGCAGCUGUGCCAGGACCCUGCCCCCAGCCUCCUGGGCCCUGCCACGCUCUGACGGGGCUGGGGCCGGCCCGGGGUGCUGGAGGAGCUGGGAGCCCUGGGGAGGAGCCGGGAGGACGGACAGGAUGAGCUCGGCCUGGCACUCUGGCAGGAGGCAGGCAGGGAGGAUGCCAGGCCAAGGACCCAUGUGGAAGGAGGUGGCUCUUGGCUGCCUGCCCUGACCUACAGGCUAGGUGGUGGUCUCCUUGUUUUGUAAAAGCAUCUAUGUUUUUUUAGCA